AUGGUGCGUCACAACAAUCAGCUACCAAAUAAUUUGACUCAGUUACAAAAUUUGGUUAAGAGAGAUCCAGAUUCAUAUAAAGAUGAAUUUCGACAACAACUUGCUCAUUUUGAAACAACGUUGGAAAUAUUUAACCUGAAUCCUACGCAGUAUAGUAAGAAAUUGGAUGAGCAAGCAAUGUUCUUAGCACAGGUUACUCAGUGUUAUCAAAAUGAUAUGAAGACUUUCCCACAAAAGAUUGUGGACAUUUUAAAAACGCAUAACACUGUUCUUCAUAAUGAUAUGAGGCUAGCCUUGUGUAAAUGCCUCAUCCUCUUGAGAAAUAAAAAUUUUGUAAGUGCAUUUGACUUAUUGGAAAUAUUUUUCUUCUUAAUCAAGUGCCAAGAUAAAAAUCUUAGAGAAUAUUUAAAAACUCAUAUAAUUACAGACAUCAAAAAUAUGAAUAUGAAGCAUAAAGAUAUGAAAUUAAACUCAACACUACAGAAUUUUAUUUUUACUAUGUUGCGAGAUACAAAUGUGAAAACAUCCAAGCUGGCAGUUGAUAUAUUGAUUGAAUUAUACCAUAAAAAUAUUUGGAAUGAUCAUAAAACUGUUAACAUAAUUGCUGAUAUUGGAUGCUUUUCAAAGGUUACUAAAGUUAUGGUAGCUUCCCUGAAAUUUUUUUUGAGUCGAGAGGAAGAGGAGAAGCCAGAUUCAGAUAGUGAAGAUGAAGUAGACCCAAGAGAUACAAUGAUAUCAAAUAAAUUCAACAAGAAAACCCGGAAACGUGAAAAAAUGGUAGAUAAAGUUAAGAAAAUUGCAAAGAAAAUCAAAAAGAGGAAAGAGAAAGCACCUAUUUUUAAUUUUUCUGCACUUCACCUCAUAAACAAUCCUCAAGGAUUUGCUGAAAAGUUAUUUAAACAAGUAGAAGCUUCUAAUGACCGAUUUGAGGUAAAAUUAAUGACUUUGGAUGUUAUAUCAAGGCUGAUUGGUUUACACAAUUUGUUUUUGUUUAACUAUUAUCCUUUUAUUGCAAGAUUAUUAAUGCCACAUCAAAGAGAAGUCACAAGGAUACUUCAAUUUGCCGCUCAGUCUGCUCAUGAGCUGGUACCUCCAGAGGUUAUUGAACCUGUUAUGAAGUCUAUCGCAAAUAAUUUUAUUACUGAAAGAAAUUCUACAGAUGUAAUGGCAGUAGGAUUAAAUGCUGUUAGAGAAAUCUGUGCUCGUUGCCCUUUGGCUGUUACAGAAGAUCUUCUCCAAGAUUUAGUACAGUAUAAAACCUACAAAGAAAAAUCUGUCAUGAUGGCAGCCAGAUCAUUAAUUCAACUUUACAGGCAAUCAAUGCCAAAGAUGCUUCAUAAAAAAGAUAGGGGACGACCCUCGGAAGCAUCUUUAGAUCUCAAGACAAAGCAAUAUGGUGAAAUGGACAUAAAGGAUUAUGUACCAGGAUCAGAAGUCUUGUUAGAAAAAGAAGAUAUAACAGAAAAUGCUAAAAAAGGUGUCAGGAAACUUAAAAAGAAAGUUGCCGAAUCUGAUGAUGAAUGGGUUGAUGUUGCUUCUUCAGAUUCUGAAAUUAAUAUUUCUGAUAGUGAUGAGAGUGAACCUGAAACCGAAGAAGAUGAGGCAGAAGAGAAAAAGGUUGAUCCUAGUGAAAAAAAUGGAGAAAAUAUUCCACCAACUGUUGAGAAUCGAAAAAUUUUAAAAGGUAAACGGAAACUAACUGCAGAAGAAAUACAGGAAAAGAUUAAAACAGCACGCGAAGUUGCCAUGGACAAAAUAUUCACAGAUGAAGAUUUUAAAAGAAUUGAAGCUGCUCAAAUUAAGAAGCAUAUAACAGGAGUAAAACGGAAGUCAGUUGCUGUAGAAGAAGAGGAUGAAUCCUCUGAAUUAGUAAAACUCGCUGACAUUGAAAAUAUUUACAAAAAACGAAAGCAUGACAAAAAUGCGCGGCUAGAAAGUGUGCUAAAAGGUCGUGAGGAGAGGGAAAAGUUUGGUUAUAAAGACAGAAGGAAAAAUGCAAACUGUUCUAAAACAAAUAGGGAAAAGCGUAAAACAAAGUCAUAUCAGAUGGUUAAACAUAAAGCACGAGGGAAAAUAAAAAGAUCUUUUAAGGAAAAGCAAGUCGCAUUUAGAAAUUACUUGAUUAAGCAGAAGAAAAUGAUGUAA